UGCCCGCUCGGGUUUCCCCCAUCCCAAACCCAAACCCAAACCCAAACCCAAAAUCCUCAAUCUCAAAAUCCCUAAUCUCUUCUUACGUCUCUCUCUCUCUCCGUCUCAAUUUGUUUCAGAUGCUGAUUCGGAUGAUUCACGGUCGAGGAAGAAGAGGAAGAGCAAAAGUUCUAGGCGUAGAAGUAGGAAAUCAGAAUCAGUCGGUGAUAGUGAAUCGGAUUCUCUCCAAGUGAGACAAAUCUUGAGAGGAAGAAGAUGGAAAAUGAGGUAAAAUGAAUGGAGAUGGAGCAGAAAAGUUGCUCCUUGAAGGUCAAAAAACUAAUAGAGAAGGAUGCUUGGAUAACACUUGAGAAACACCGAUUUGGAAGAAGUGGGACAGAUUAUGAUUUUGCAUCUCGUGAUCCUCAUACAGCAAGGGAAGAUUUUGAAAAGCUGCAAGAUGAGCAAUCAGAGUGUGUAUCUGAGAAACCCUAUUCAGGCCCUAGAUGUGCUACCAUGUCAAGCUGAGUUAGAGUUGUAAAGUUCAUGCGGUGACUCUAUGGUACAGGGCACCAGAAAUACUCCUUGGAUCUCGCCACUAUUCGACUCCUGUGGAUGUUUGGUCAGUGGGUUGUAUAUUUGCUGAAAUGGUGAAUCAGCGGCCAUUGUUCCCUGGGGACUCUGAGAUUGAUGAACUAUUCAAAAUCUUCAGAAUCUUGGGUACUCCAAAUGAGGAUACGUGGCCUGGAGUGACUUCUUUGGCUGAUUUUAAAUCUGCCUUUCCAAAAUGGCCUUCUAAGGACCUGGCAACUGUGGUUCCAAAUCUUGACUCAGCUGGCAUUGAUCUUCUUAGUAAAAUGCUCUGUUUGGAUCCAAGCAGAAGAAUUACAGCUAGAAGUGCCCUUGAACAUGAAUACUUCAAGGAUAUUGGUGGGACUUUGGACAUUUCUAACCAGCACAACGGGGUAAGAUUGUGUAUACAUUUGACCCUCAGACUCUGCAGUGGCGAGAGGAUUGUGCAUUCUUUCUAUCUUCAUAGUGAUGGCAUUUAAAAAAGCACCGUCAUACAAAGGCUUGAAGAGAGAACAAUCUGCCUUGAGAAGAAAAAGAGUAGGCUACGGAGUUGCAAUUUUCAUUUUAACUAUGUAGAGAGUGCAGUGAAUCAUCCUAAGCCAGGCUUUUGGAGCAUGGAAAAUUCUUCACUUUGGGCCUGUUUGUUUUCCAUGAAUCCUCUUAAUUUUGGUUUAUGUUAUUUUGAAUUAUGAACAAAAUCAUGUAUUUAAACAUUAUAUAUGUAUUAUAGAACAUUAUGUAGUGGGAUAAUUUUGUUGAUGUGUAAUUAUAAAUGGAAGAAUUUUUUAUGAAGAAA